CAGAGAUGACGGCAGCCAAACAUCACAAUUAAAAUCCGCCUGGGAGAUUAUUUGGCUUCACAACAAGCAGUUUUCUAAACAAAUAUAAUAAAGAUACGACAACAACAAAAGCCAUGUCUGUGAAUUAUGCUGCUGGACUGUCGCCGUACGCGGACAAAGGUGUUUGCGGACUUCCGGAGGUGUUCGACAGUCCUGAGGAGCUGAAGGUGAAGGCAGAGACCCUUGCUCAGAUGAUUAAAGAAUCUGAGUACUUGGUCGUCCACUCUGGAGCAGGAAUCAGCACCUCAGCAGGCAUCCCUGACUUCAGGGGUCCGAAGGGUGUGUGGACGUUAGAAGAAAAGGGUGAGUCACCUCGCUUUGACACCACAUUUGAAGAUGCCCAACCCAGCCUGACUCACAUGGCCCUCCUGGGACUGCAGAGGGCCGGCUACCUCAAGUAUCUCAUCAGCCAGAAUGUGGACGGCCUACAUGUGCGAUCAGGCUUCCCCAGGGAUCUGUUAUCGGAGCUUCAUGGGAACAUGUUUGUGGAGGAGUGUGAGAAGUGUGGCAGGCAGUAUGUCAGAGACAAAGUGAUCGGCGUGAUGGGACUGAAACCGACAGGACGUUACUGUGAUGUGGUUCGAUCCAGAGGACUCAGAGCCUGCAGAGGAAAGCUGAUCAGCACUAUACUGGACUGGGAGGAUGCUCUUCCUGACAGAGACCUGAACAAAGCAGACGAUGCCAGCAGACGAGCAGACCUGGCACUGACGCUCGGCACCUCCAUGCAGAUCAAACCCAGUGGAGACCUUCCACUUCUCACCAAGCGCAAAGGAGGCAAACUGGCCAUUGUCAACCUGCAGGCCACGAAACACGACAAGCAUGCCCACUUGCGUAUCCAUGGUUACGUGGAUGAUGUCAUGAAAGAGGUAAUGGAGCUGCUGGGAUUGGAAAUCCCAAAGUGGGAAGGUCCAACUGUCUGUGAGAGCUCCAAAGUGGCCUCUGAGUCCACCACAGACGUCAAACCACCACAUGCAGUUACAGCAGAGAAAAAGGUGAAAAAGGAGGCUAUUAAGGAGGAGAGAAAAAGAGACACAACAGCACUAACAGAGGAUGGGGGUGUUAAGGAGGAGGCGGUGUCGGUAAAGAGGGAGAGAGCGGAGCCCCCAGUGGAGAUAAAUGAAGAGAAAUAGCCUCAGGUAUUUUUUCCUCACAACAACUUCACAACACAAACCCGUCCAGGAACAAACUUCACAACUGAGGGCGCUUUGAUCAGUUUCAGAGGACAGGGGUUCUUCUCAUCUUCACCCUCUGGAGCAAAGACUCUUCAAGUACUGCAGUGGUUUUGUUAAACCCAGAUCUCUUACACUCCCCUUGCAGCCACGAUAAACAGGGAUGUGAAACUGACUCCUCAGCUGAGGGCUCAAAGGUUGACUAAGCGAUAGUGUCCGGGGUAAAAGGAUCUACAUGAGGUGGAUGUUCAGAUGGGAGUAAGGACAUGGUAAAGGGGAUCUUUGCAUAUUAUUCAACUUGAGGCUUUAUUUUACUAGCAGAACCAGCCUUUAAAGAGCAGCUCUAUUAUUUUUUAGGUUUUUGUAUCAUUCUGUGUUUUCCCAGUAGUGUUCCUAAUGUGUUCAAAUCCAAAAAUACAAAAUUUUGCUGGAAGUACAUAUGUUUUCGGAUCAAAUGCUGUUUUCCCAAGCCCUUCUAUAAACCUUCAUGACCUGACUUAGGUUUCUGCAUGAUGACAUUCCUACAUAUGAACUCUCUAGCCCGCCCAAUGUGCCUCUUCGGGAUUGAGCUAAGUCUUCUUGGACUACGUUUAAACUGCAGGCUAAUGUGGCCAAAGUCUGAUCUUUUUUGCUCAUAUGUGACUCAGAUCAGUUGUUUUUCAUAACGCCAGGUUCACACUGGACACAGAAGCACCGUGAUUUGUUAAUAAUCACACAGCCCCCCGUCAGCAGUCACCUGGCCAUUCACACCAGAGCGGCAUUUCUCUGUGCCGAUCAGCAAGUGACUCAGCCCCUCUGCUCUGUUUAGAUUACAUGUAUUACCUCUGUUUGCCUCUGUCUCUGUGAGUGUGAUUAUGUGUGUGCCAGGGUGCUCUGUGCUGUGCCGCAUCCAGUGUGAACAGAAAGGUUAAAAUGGGCAGCAAAGGCAAGGGGGCACGGAAAAUCGGCACGCUUUGUGGUGCGUCCUCGUGCUGUGUGUGAACAAAUUACAUGGAAUCUCAUCUUUUCAAUCUGAUUUUGGUCUCUUCCAUAUGUGAUCCUGAAUCAGAACCCUGAACUGAGUGCCAGAGUCUUGUGGAGAGGCACUGACAGAUGUAGUUAAAACUGUCCCGUCACAUCCUGAAAUUUUGAAUGAAAGCUUUUUCAGUGAAGUCAUUCACGUCACAAUCCCACAACACCUGGUGCUGAUGCUGCACACGCCUACGUACAGAAAUAGCAGCCACAGCUUUACAAAAAGCCAUGAUUUAAAAACCUGGCUGUCUUCCUCCUCGUCCUCAUUGUCAUCUAUUCACGAAUUUGCUGGCUUCCGCUGCACAUCAGCUUAUACCUGAAACUGUAAUCACUGACUUUAGUGGCCUCCAUCUUUACUUCUAUACAACAGCACGCUACAUGUGACGUCUUUGUUACUAUUCUUAUGCACGUGCGGGUCAGUUCAGGACCGUGACCAGUUCACACUGGAAUUUGAUAUUGGCCACAUUUUUAAAAAAUUAUAUGAACAGCCAAAUUAAAGAUCUGAGCAAUAAAUCCGAAUGAACACCAAGGCUUAAGAUGUGAAUGUAGUAUGUGAGAAUUGUUCGUAAUUAUUGAUCUUAAGGCCUUUGCACACUGAGUCAAUUUUUUUUCAUUCAUAAUUGUCACACGUCUAAAAAUAAAUACCACCUCACACUGUGUCAAUCAUGUUUGAGUCUGAAACUAUCAUCUGCGAACAGGUUCGAUUUUCUGCGUUUUUCGUAUCCAUCAGAGCCUUCAGAGACAUUUGAGCAAGACUCAGUGAAGAAAAUGUGGCGGUGGGACACAUCCGCAAUGAGACAGAGGAACAGGGGGCACAGGAUAAUUUCAAAACUCAGACAGCUCACGUUUAACAGGUCAGACAGUAAUAUUCAGGUGCAUUGAA